CAGCGGAAGAAGAUGUGCGAGUUUCGUUUCCGAGUGACCCAGUUAGCUUCUCCUGUUAGCAUCAGUCAAUAAUCUUUAUCUCCAACAAUGGGAUUGGCUGUUCAUAAUUCAGCAGUUAGCGUUUUUUAAGGGUUUGUUUCUGAUUUUUAUCACACAAGAAGCGAUACCAAACAGAAGAGCAUUGCUAGCUUAAUGCGUAGCAACGAAACAGGCUAGCCGCUGUUAGCCUCUUUGGGUUAGCUUGGUGGCUCCGAUAAAAAUGAGUAUAUAAAAUGAGUUGUCACACCUUCUGUUAGUAAGUUCACUGGUGUGGUUUGGGCUGUCUGUGCUAGCUGGCUGGCUGAUUAUCGAUUAUUGCUGGCUGAUUGAUUGACGCUUCCAUAUUUGGCUAUCUUGGCUUAGCUAGCUUUACUUUUUCAGCUCCCUUGAAUGUUCAGAGUGUCAGGACGUGACUCUACUGCCCCAUGUCUGCUGAGGCUUCAGUAGGCAGUCAUGCUGCUGACCAGCCUGCUGUUUCCCAGCCCGCCUUACACAACACAGAAGAGCUCAGAAAUCGGGGUCUGCUGGGGAGCAAGUAUGUCAAAUUAAAUGUGGGAGGCUCACUGCAUUACACAACUGUCCAGACAUUAAGCAAGGAAGACAGUCUGCUGCGGAGCAUAUGCAAUGGAGGAACAGAGGUUUCCAUCGACUCAGAAGGUUGGGUAGUUUUGGAUAGGUGCGGCCGUCAUUUUGGACUGGUGUUGAACUUCCUGCGCGAUGGAUCAGUUCCACUCCCAGAGGACCACAGAGAGCUGGAUGAGGUUCUGAAGGAGGCCCAGUACUAUCGUGUCCAGGGACUCGUCCAGCACUGCCUCAGUGCCAUGCAGAAACAAAAGGAUGUCUUUGAAACUGUGUGUCGCAUCCCCAUGAUCACCUCCGCCAAAGAAGAGCAGAAGAUGAUAGCUACUUGUAGAAAGCCGGUAGUAAAAUUGCAGAACAACAGAGGAAACAACAAAUACUCUUACACCAGCAACUCUGACGACAACCUGCUGAAGAACAUCGAACUGUUUGACAAACUGGUGCUGCGAUUUAAUGGCCGCGUCCUGUUUGUCAAAGACGUGCUUGGCGAUGAGAUCUGCUGUUGGUCUUUCUAUGGUGAAGGCCGUAAAAUCGCUGAAGUAUGCUGCACUUCCAUCGUCUACGCCACAGAGAAGAAGCAGACCAAAGUUGAGUUUCCAGAGGCUCGAAUCUUUGAAGAAACCCUCAAUAUCCUGAUUUACGAGAACGGCAGAGGAUCUGUUCCAGGAGGCUUACACCUUUUAGACUCGAGAGGCUCCGGCUCCUCGAUGGGAACGGAGGAGGAGGGCGCCACAGGAGGCGACCGGCGCGUCAGACGGAUCCACGUGAGGAGGCAUAUAAUGCAUGACGAAAGAGGGCACGGCCAGCAAACCGUGUACAAGGACUAAUAAUGUGAAAACAAGAAGCACAGGAGAGUGGCUUCAUGUGUGUGUGUUUUUUUUUUCUUGGAUGCUAGAAUGAAAGAGACGUCCUUGAUCAUAGCAAUAGCUUGCUAGGUAGUUAUUUAAUGAAAUGUCUUUAGAGGUCACUGCACAGAAAUGUAGGAGUCGAUGACUGAUCUGUAACUGAAGUUGUUUGGACACGAAAAAAUGCUUCUGUUUACAAGAAAAACAAAAAGUGUACAUUAUUUAAAUAGGAUAUGUGUAGAAUUUACCUGGGACGUGAAACUGGCAUAAACCUCCUGCAAGUUACGGAACGGGGCGUGAAAACCCAACUCCCACCGCACCUGUUAAUGUGGGUGUUAAUGAUAUGCACUGGCGCCCUCCUCUGUGUUUGACUCAUAGGAAACACUGUCUUUCUUCAGGUUGUCAAACAUCUGUUGCCUUUUCAUAAGUCGGACUGAUGUGCUGCCCUGAACAGAGGACGGUCAAGUUUAGCCUAGAUAUGUUAACACUGGAAUAAAACUGAGUAGCCAUUUUGUAGGGAGGUUGUCUAUGAAUGAGAUUGUUGAGCAGCUCGAUUUUUCUUUAUUUAAAUUCUUAAUGCUGUUGCUUCAAGAUGUUUUUAUUAAUUAAUUUAUGAACCUAAUUUAUUGUUUGGUAUUUAACUUUUGUAUUGUAUGCAAUCUUUGUGUUAACUAGUGCUCAAGUGAGUUUUAAUUUUUUUUUGGAAUGAUACAAUGCACUCUAUAGCACACACCAGACUUUGAAUUUACUCCUGUAAAUGACGAAAUAGUGAACUUACAUUUCAGUUUAAUGUUUCAAGAGGAACCAUGACCAUUUCUUUGAUAAUGUAUUUCAUUCUGAGCCAUGAUCUUUCGCUUUAUGUCUUAUACCAAACCACUGAAAAUUGCUCAACCUUAUUGGCCAUACAUGAUGAUGAAUCAAUUAAGGCAAUUAAUACUGGGUUGUAUUUUAAUUUCCCUCAGAGAGAGGAUUCACAUUUUCUUUCUGAUUUUCACCAUUGUCUUUAUAAACAUAAUCACUCUGAAUACUGAAAAAAACAUUGAAUGAGAGCAAUAUGUAUCUCAGACCCUUUUAUAAAAUCACCUUGGAUUUAAAAUAUGCACUAAUAUGACUUCCGUCCAAUAGUGGUCAUGGGAACGUUCUGAAUAAAUGACUUAUGAAAUCCAA